GUAAUAAGAAGAAGAAUCAAGAGAGAAGAAGAUUCACAAAGACGAAAUGACGUAAAUACCCUCCAUAUCAUCUCCUUCCCUUCCUAUAUUUAAACACCAUCAUACAUCUCUCUCUCCUUUGUCUCGUCUUCCAUGUCCGAUAUAUCGUUACCAGAGAAAGAGAGCUCAGAGAUUUAGUUAGCUUAAUUUUUCUUUUCGUUUUGAAAUUAAGGAAGUGAUUGUUAUCACCGGAGGAGAGAGAGAAAAUGUUGGGAAUUUUCAGUGGAGCUAUAGUAUCGCCGCCGGAAGAGUUAGUGGCUGCCGGAAGCAGAACUCCGUCGCCGAAAACAACCGGAUCAACUUUAGUAAACCGGUUCGUCGAGAAAAAUCCAUCCGCUGUUUCUGUACAAGUCGGCGACUAUGUUCAGCUUGCUUACAGCCAUCACAACGAGAGUCCUCUCCGGCCUAGAUCAUUUGGAGCUAAGGAUGAAAUAUUCUGCUUGUUCCAAGGCUCACUUGACAACCUAGGAAGCUUGAAACAGCAGUACGGGCUUGCAAAAAACGCAAACGAGGUUCUCUUGGUCAUCGAGGCUUAUAAGACUCUCCGUGACAGAGCUCCUUACCCGGCUAACCACGUUGUUGCUCACCUAAGUGGCGAUUUCGCCUUUGUGGUCUUUGAUAAAUCAACCUCCACUCUGUUUGUAGCCUCUGACCAAGUUGGCAAGGUUCCAUUGUAUUGGGGAAUAACAGCUGAUGGCUAUGUGGCAUUUGCUGAUGAUGUUGACUUACUAAAAGGCUGUUAUUACUCGACGGCAUUAGGUGGGCUUAGGAGCUUCGAGAACCCUAAGAACAAGAUCACUGCAGUUCCUGCUAAUGAGGGAGAAAUUUGGGGAGCUACCUUCAAGGUGGAAGGAGCAACAGUUCUUGCAGAUUGAAAAUGAAAGAGAAACACAAAAGAAGUUUCAUGUCUCUUAAAGCUCUCGAACUGUAACAGCACAAACAAAAAAAAAUAUGUAGGAAAAACAAAAAGCUGUUCUAUGAGUACUUGAAGCUAUCAAUGGUUGGUGAUAAUGUGUGUAGUGUUGUAUCUCUCUUAUGUCUUAUGCUUCUUUGUACAGCACGUGUGUGUCUUCUGGUGUUAUUAGUGUCUUCUUCCUAAUAAGUUAAUGUCUCUGAAACAAAAAUCUACCUUCUCUUGAUCCUUUUGCCUCUGUUUCUAUAGUAAAUCUCACAAUGGUAAUGAGGAAGAACAGGCGAUAUCUCUGUUUCUAUCGUAAUCUUUACUUGGUAAUCACAGCAUUCAAGUUUUAUUAUUC